AUGAUGACGUUAUUUACGCUGGGAAUAAUUGCACUUAUAUAUCUAAUAUUAAAACGCAAUUUCACACAAUGGCAGCGAUUAGGAUUCCCCACGGAUCACCCCUUUCAGACGACAAUAAAACUUGGGCUAAAGGAGAAGCCUUUCGGCCUUAUAAUGGCUGAUAUUUAUGCAAGAUGUCGAGAGAAAUUAGUUGGUACUUACAUCUUCAUGAAACCAGUUCUAUUAGUAAAAGAUACGGAAUUGUUACGACAAAUACUGACAUCGGAUUUUGCGAACUUUCAUGAUCGUGGUAUUUAUGUGGAUGAGCAAAAUGAUCCAUUGUCUGCAAAUUUGGGCAGCUUAAAGGGAUCCUCAUGGCGUACAUUGAGAACCAAAUUAACACCCUCAUUCACUUCCGGCAAAUUAAAGGCAAUGUUUGGAACCAUUGAUGCUGUGGGUGAUCGGCUGAUCAACCAUUUACAGGAAAGGUUGAAGGAUGGGCAGAGUCAUUGCUUGGAAAUAAAAAAUCUGUUGACAACCUAUACCAUUGAUGUCAUCGGAUCGGUAAUAUUUGGUUUGAAUGUUGACAGUUUCAAAUAUCCCGAUAAUGAGUUUCGUGAUUUAAGUGAUCGAAUUUUCAAUACUGAGAAGUCUUCCGUACUAAUUAAAUUUCGAACCCUGAUGGUCUUCAUAUAUCCACCCAUUGUAAAACUUUUAACCCGCUUGGGUCUUGAGGAUCCAGUUUUAUGUCGUCUACGCGAUAUUAUGAAAGAGACAAUUGAAUUUCGUGAACAAAAUGGUGUUGUACGCCGUGAUCUUCUGCAGCUUUUGAUUCAAUUGAGGAAUACAGGGAAAAUCACCGAUGACAAUGAUACAAAUUGGUCAAUUGAGACCACCGCAGAUAAUCUGAAGGCAAUGUCCAUAGAUGUUAUAGCUGCAAAUGCUUUUCUAUUUUAUAUUGCCGGUUCGGAAACAACAUCGGCAGCAACAGCAUUUACUCUUUAUGACCUAGCAAUGAAUCCGAAGGUGUUGCUAAAGCUUCAAACUGAAAUCGAUGAUAUUCUGCAGAAACACGGAUUGAAAGCGCAGGGUUCUUUGACUUAUGAUGCUAUCCAAGAUAUGAAAUAUUUGGAUUUGUGUGUUAAGGAAACCACCCGCAAAUAUCCGGGCUUGCCAUUUCUAAAUCGUGAAUGUACCCAAGAUUAUCAUAUACCUCGAAGUGACCUCACCAUACCGAAGGGUACACCAAUUUUCAUAUCACUAUGGGGUAUGCACAGAGAUCCUGAAUUGUUUCCCGAUCCACUGGACUACAAACCGGAGAGGUUUACUGAAACGAAUUACAACCCUAUGGCAUACAUGCCCUUCGGAGAAGGUCCUAGGCAUUGCAUUGCUCAACGUAUGGGUGUCAUGAAUGCCAAAAUAGCCUUGGUGAAAAUUCUGGCCAAUUUCAAUAUUGAGGAAAUGCCACGCAAAGAAGUUGAAUUUGUAUUUCACUCGGCACCAGUGUUGGUGCCCAAAGAGGGUUUGCGGAUCAAAAUGUCAAAAAGAAUGUCAAUGAAAUAA